AUGGUGUGGCUCCCUACGUGUACGACGACACCUCAUCCCAAAGACUCCCGACAGACUGAACAGCAGCUGGAUGGUGGUGCUGAACUUGAGCUUCUCCUCCCGCGGCUGUCCAGGAGUUCAUGGCAGUCGGUGUGUGCAGGCACCGAGAACAAGCUGAGCUCCCUCUCUGACCUGGAGCAGCAGUAUCGGGCCCUGCGCAAGUACUACGAGAACUGCGAAGUAGUUAUGGGCAACCUGGAAAUCACCAGCAUCGAGCACAACCGAGACCUCUCCUUCCUGCGGUCUAUCCGAGAAGUUACAGGCUAUGUUUUGGUGGCUUUGAAUCAGUUUGAAUACCUGCCGCUGGAGAACCUGCGCAUCGUUCGUGGGACCAAACUCUAUGAAGAGCGAUAUGCUUUGGCGAUAUUUCUGAACUACAGAAAGGAUGGGAACUUCGGACUCAGGGAACUUGGCUUGAGGAACUUGACAG